AGGGACUUGCCUUUUAUGGUCUAUUUGCACAAUACCUCACUUCCUCGGCAGCUGCCAUUACAUACACUCACACAGAGGACUGAAGUGCGUCUGCUCAGAGCCCCAGAGGAAGAGGGAAGCAGUGAGCAGCUGGAGUUUCUCUACGGCUCCUACAGCUCACCAAUGGCUCAGUCGGCGAGCAGCACGGACUCAGAUCUGGCCAGCAAGCGGCUCCACUCGAGGAUGGAGGCAUCUUGUCUGGAGCUGGCGCUGGAAGGGGAGAGACUGUGUAAAGCUGGAGAUUUUAAAGGCGGUACAGCCUUCUUUGAAGCUGCUGUUCAGGUGGGAACAGAAGAUCUCAAGACCCUCAGUGCCAUUUACAGCCAGCUGGGUAACGCUUACUUCUACCUGAAGGAGUACGGCAAAGCCCUGGAGUACCAUCGGCACGACCUCACGCUCGCCCGGACAAUCGGGGACCGGAUCGGGGAGGGGAAAGCCAGCGGGAAUCUGGGAAACACUUUGAAGGUUUUGGGCCGCUAUGAUGAAGCAGUUGUGUGCUGUCAGAGACACCUAGACAUUUCUCAAGAACAAGGAGAUAAGGUCGGCGAGGCCAGGGCUCUGUAUAACAUGGGGAACAUGUUUCAUGCCAAAGGAAAGCAGCAGCUGUGGGGCAUCUCACAGGAUCCCGGAGAGCUUCCUCCUGACGUCAGAGACACGCUGCAGCGAGCCACGGCUUUCUAUGAGAUGAAUCUCUCUCUGGUAAAGGAGUUGGGAGACCGAGCAGCGCAGGGAAGAGCCUUCGGUAACCUCGGGAACACUCAUUACCUGCUGGGUAAUUUCGUUGAGGCCAUCAAGUUCCACAGAGAGCGUCUCUCCAUUGCAAAGGAAUUUGGCGACAAGGCUGCUGAGCGCAGAGCGUACAGUAACCUAGGCAACGCUCUCAUUUUCCUUGGCCAGUUCAAUGCAGCCACAGAGUAUUACAGGAAAACUCUGCAGCUCUCUCGGCAGCUGAAGGAUCAGGUGAUGGAAGCUCAAGCGUGUUACAGUCUGGGAAACACGUACACGCUGCUGCAGGAGUAUGAACGUGCCAUAGACUAUCACCUCAAACACCUGCUCAUCGCUCAGGAGCUCAAUGACAGGGUCGGGGAGGGCCGGGCCUGCUGGAGUCUGGGCAACGCUUACGUGUCGUUGGAAAACCACCGUCAGGCUCUGCAUUACACUCGGAGACACCUGGACAUCUCCAGAGAGAUCGGGGACAGGAACGGAGAGAUGACGGCCAGGAUGAAUGUGGAGGAGCUGAUGGAGGCUCUCGGGGUGAAGGAGGCUGAUCUCUCGCCGUCUGAAUCUGAGUUUAAAGUGCAGGGAGCCAGACCCAAGUUCACCAAGAAGAACAGCAUGGACAGUGUUGACCUGUGGAAAUACAGCUCUGAAAAGCAGAAUGGAGAUGCUCCAGAUGUUGAUGGUGUUUCAAGGAGGUCGAGGAACCAGCUGUUUCAGUCCAGCAGAAGCAAAAGUUACGCAGACAGUCAGUCGUCAGAUGAAAGACAGUGGCUCGACUCGCCUGUGGACAUGGAUGACAUCACUGUUCACGUCACACCUCCAAAACUGGCUCGUGACGCUUCAGAUGAGGACUGCUUCUUUGACCUGUUGAGUAAGUUUCAGAGCAGCCGUAUGGAUGACCAGCGCUGUCAGCUGGAUGAGCCGGCCGAUGAAGAGAACGCAGGAGUAGCGGAUCGAAACACACUCAAUGACAUGAUUGAUGCCAGUCUGCUGACGUCUCCUCAGACCGAAGAACUGUUCGAUUUGAUCGCCAGCUCUCAGAGCCGCCGUCUGGACGAUCAGAGGGUGGGCGUCAGUAACCUGCCUGGACUCAGAAUUACCCACAAUAACCUGGGCCACCUGGGUGGAGACAGUGACCCUCAGGAGCCCAGCGAUGACUUCUUCAACAUGCUCAUAAAGUGCCAGUCAUCCAGGAUAGAUGACCAGCGCUGCUCUCCUCCUGAAGGGGGUCCGCGGGCCCCAACUGUCCCAGACGAGGAUUUCUUCAGCCUAAUACAGAGAGUUCAAGCCAAACGAAUGGACGAGCAACGCGUGCAGCUCCCAUCUGAUGAACAGGAGCUGGACGAGGAUGAGGACGAGGACGAGGAGAGCCGGGGGUCGCAGACUCUUGAGGAAACCUGGGGCCAAAUGACACAACGAGGACCGAAUGAGAAAGGACGUUUCAUGAGAUAAAGAAAUGUGCACAAAAAGAAAACACAAGUGCCAUCUCAGUAUACGGUGCAGUUUUAUGCCUCCUGUGCUUUACAGCCAAUGAUCCAUGAUGUUUGAUAGAGUUUAUAAUGAUGCACAGGGACGCAUCUCUCUGGGUGAAUUCAAUAAGAAUCAGUGAUUGUGUUGUUCAUUUGCAAACACUGCCUGCAUUGUUUUAGCACCUGAUUAACAAAAGAAACUUAACAAAUCAGGUGCAAACACUGCAAAAAUUUAAAAAGUAUUUUUCUCUUGUUUUUUCAAUAAAAUAUCUAAACAGCAGGAGAGCAUGAUGUACUUUACAGAGAUGGCACAGUAUUCAGACACCUGAAGCGGCACUUUAACAUUUCUGCAUCUGAAAGUACAGCCAGUUAUAACCAUCUUUUCCAUUUGAUCAUUUAUGCAUUUAGCAAAUGCCUUUAUCCAAAGUGACUUGCAAAAGAAGGACAAAAGAAACAAACAUCACAUUAUCUACAUAUUAUAGUGAUAGUUCACCCAGAAUGGAAAAUGUGCUGUUAAUUUACUCAUCCAAGAUGUAGGUGUUUUUUUUUUUCUUCAGUAGAACAGUAAAGAAGAUUUUUAGCUGAAACCAUGAUUAUUCAUAAAAGGCAAGUCUACCAUCACUUUCAGAAUAAAAAAAAAAAGAAAAAAAAAAGAAAAGAAAAAAAAAGAGAAGCAUAUACGGCAUAACGGAAGGGUCCCAAAAUAUGGGAUGGUACAGUUUGCUAUUUUGGUACCAUUCACAACUUCUGACAGUGGAAACGGAAAUAAUUGCGUACUGUAAUGUACGGAACCACGGUGGAAAUGAGCCAUAAAGAUACAGAACAACAACAACAACACUGACAAGCGCUUGUAUAAGGUGGUUGAUGAACGUCUCUGUCGACCAGCUGCGUUCGCGUUCACCUCAAUUGGAGUAUACUUUUAAAGGCUGCACGUUCAGCGUUUGUGUACAAAAACUAAGUAUACUUUUAUACUUGUAUAUGAGCUUUUAAGUGAGAGUACCCAUUGAUUUUCCUUUUAUGAAUCACCACGGUUUCAGCAAAUGUUAGUUUUUGGGUGAACUAUCCCUUUAAGCUCCACCGAAGGUCUGCUUUGUGCAGGCAAUAACAGCUCGGUGUUAAUUGUAUCAGGGGGAUGCUACUGACCUUUGAAUCUGGUUGAUUCAAUAAUAAGCUUCAUAUUAGCACCAGGUUAAGUUGGACUGUGAGUAGAUAAUGCGAUUCUAAUGUGGCACAGGCGUUUAGUGAAUUCGCCCUGUUGUUUCCCACGCCAGAUGUUCAGAUCAAGCUUCUCAUUGUCAUGUGUUUCUCGUCUACUGCCUUAAUUAGACCUGCAGACUCUGAUUGUAUUCUUUGAUAUUGUGUUUUCUGAGGUCUUCAGCAGUAUUUGGUCCGUGUUCAUUGACAGAGUCGUGCAGCUGCUGCUGUGUCUUUGACAUUCUUAAUUGCAACUGCAUUUCGGUUUAGUUUUAUAUUGCAUUUUCAUUUAGCUGCUGACAGCACUGUAAUAUAAAUCAAGACAUUAGGGCUGCUUCUCUUCUUCAUAUUUCUCUGCUUCUUUUGAAUUUGAAGAUGCUAUGCUAACUCCACAGAUGUAUUUAUUGAAAGUGUUAAAAAAAAUCUGUACAAACAAACAAAAAAAGAAACUGUGAAAAUAUGUUUUAAGUGUUGUUAAUUGUGUGGAAAUAUGUGAAUGUGUACAAAAGCUAAUUUAAGCCACUACUUUCAUGCUUCACAGCAGUUUUUGACUGAAUUGACUGAGGGUGCUUUUAGGUUUAAAAUCAAUUAAGUGAUUAGCGAGUUUUCCAUAAUUGUCUCCGAUUCACUGAAUCGCACAGUUUGGACAUUGAUUGAAUCGUUCAAUAUUUUAGUCAUUUGCGGCGGACUGAACAGCAGGGUAAUGGCUCAUUCACACCGAUGGCAGUUUCAUGUAGAAACUUUAAAAAGUCAUGUUGAAAUGUAAAUCUGCAGUAUUUUGGAAGUAGAGCAAUGUGAGCAAGUUUUUGAGCAAUUUAUUUUUUUCUUUUUGGAGCAAUUAUUAUUAUUAUUAUUAUUAUUAUUAUUAUUAUUAUUAUUAUUAUUAUUAUUAUUAUUAUUAUUAUUGGAGGGAAUGAAUAUUUCAAGUCAAUUCACUGCCAUCUUGUGGUAAGAAAUAAUAUAAUUUUUUGUUGGCUCAAGAAAGUGUUAUGCAUUAUGUAUCAUUCCUAAAAAUCCUUGAAGUUACUUUUGUUUUAAACACCUGUCAAUAUUGCUGAAUAUGUUUGUGACUGAUGCAUGAUGCUUGUAACUAACCCUCAUUUCUAACAUGACUUUCUUACUUCAGUGAGGAAACCUUCAGCUCACUGACUCCAGAUCAAUAAAACAUGAUAUAUGUGAUAGUUUCAUAGUGAAAUGAUGUGAUGACAUGAUGAAGUUAACUAUGAAACUUUAUUAGUAAAUUGUUUAAAAAUAGAUAUUAAUUUUUUUCAUGGUUUAACUUAAAUAUUUUACAGUCCAUCUGAAUCAACUAUUUCUUCCUGUAUUAUGAUUUGCCUUCAAUGUGCUGUAAUAAAAUGUUAUGUCUGAAAGCCUUUGAAAAGCCACUGCCCCAAUGUACAUAACUGUUUUAUAUUUAUUUUCUGUUCAUAAAUUUGGGAAUGGAUCCCUUGCUUUUAAUAAAACAUUAAUGAAAAUGA